GCCAAGUGGACUUCUACGCGCGCUUCUCGCCGUCCCCGCUCUCCAUGAAGCAGUUUCUGGACUUCGGAUCUGUGGAUGCUUGUGAGAAAACCUCAUUUAUGUUUCUAAGGCAAGAAUUGCCCGUUCGAUUGGCAAACAUAAUGAAAGAAAUAAGUCUCCUGCCAGACAAUCUGCUCAGAACGCCAUCGGUUCAAUUGGUGCAAAGCUGGUAUAUCCAGAGUCUUCAGGAGCUUCUUGAUUUUAAGGACAAAAGUGCUGAAGAUGCUAAGGCUGUUUAUGACUUUACAGAUACUGUGAUACGGAUCCGGAACCGACACAAUGAUGUCAUUCCCACGAUGGCCCAGGGGGUGGUUGAAUAUAAGGAGAGCUUCGGUGUGGAUCCUGUCACCAGCCAGAAUGUUCAGUACUUUCUGGAUCGUUUCUACAUGAGUCGAAUUUCCAUUAGAAUGCUACUAAAUCAGCACUCUUUGUUGUUUGGUGGGAAAGGCAAAGGAAGCCCAUCUCAUCGAAAACACAUCGGGAGCAUCAACCCAAACUGCAAUGUAAUUGAAGUUAUUAAAGACGGCUAUGAGAGUGCCAGGCGUCUCUGUGAUCUGUACUAUGUUAACUCGCCUGAGUUAGAGCUCGAGGAACUAAACGCAAAAUCACCAGGACAACCAAUACAAGUGGUUUAUGUACCAUCCCAUCUCUAUCACAUGGUGUUUGAGCUUUUCAAGAAUGCAAUGAGAGCAACGAUGGAAUACCAUGCUGACAAGGGGGUUUACCCUCCUAUUCAAGUUCAUGUGACACUAGGCAAUGAGGAUUUGACUGUGAAGAUGUGUGACCGUGGAGGGGGUGUACCUCUGAGGAAAAUUGACAGACUCUUCAACUACAUGUAUUCAACCGCACCCCGGCCUUGUGUGGCAACCUCCCGAGCAGUACCUCUGGCUGGCUUUGGUUACGGAUUGCCCAUCUCCCGCCUGUAUGCGCAGUACUUCCAAGGGGACCUCAAGCUGUAUUCCCUGGAGGGCUAUGGCACAGACGCGGUCAUCUACGUUAAGGCCCUGUCAACAGAAUCCGUAGAAAGGCUCCCCGUGUACAACAAAGCUGCCUGGAAGCAUUACAAGGCCAACCACGAAGCCGAUGACUGGUGCGUCCCGAGCAGGGAGCCCAAAGACAUGACCACGUUCCGCAGUUCCUAGACACAGGUGGCACGCCGGGACAGUCCAGACGCGGAUUCUGUACUCUGUUCACAACUGCAUCACGCCAAACACUUCCCCUGUCGUUUUCACUAUUAACCGCUUGGACAGACUGAGUGGAACCCAAAGCCCACGUGCGCCUGUGCCAUCUCCUGAAGGAUGAGGCGGGCCUCUUUUUCGCACUUGCAUUGUCUAAGUUAGUUGAACAGCUUUUCCAACAGCUGUGUUUGGGUCAGCUUCCCUCUGUGGUGGACUUCAGAAGCACGGGUGUUUUGGGGUUUCUGUGGGAAGCUCUGUAGUUUUAAGAAAUAGUUCAUGUUUAUAUCUGCCUAGAAACCUUGUCUUGAUACUACCAGCUAACCAUCUUUCUGUUGUUUGGGGCUUUCUGCCAAUGGCAACUGAGGUCAGAGGGCGUUCAUUCAUUUACCAGUUACUCACUACAGGUGAAGUAGCAAUCCCUUUUCCUGCAAGUGUGGAGCCAGCUACCUUUCAGCAUCCACACGCAUUGCUUCGCUCUGAAGUUCAUGCCGCUGCUCUCAAACUCUGGGAAAGAUUGUAACGCCAGCUCUGUGGAUCCAAGUCCAGGUCGCAGAUUCAGUUCACUCCACCUGGGCAGGAAGUCAAAAUGCAAGGGGAAACGUAACCUUAAAAACAAACCACCCAGCUGCUACUACUAUCGGAGGGAAGUCGUGGAGGUCAAAGCACGCUAUGGAAAUUACCUGGGGGAGAUUUUGAGAAACGGUUCUGUCAGAACCUACCCCACACCUGCCGAAUCAGCGGCAAGAGGGCUGGAGCCUGGGAGGCUCAAAUUUUAGAAAGCAAGCCUGAUGCCUUGCUUAGAGGACCACUCAAU